AUAUCGUUGCUCCUCAUGGAAUCCCUGUUGACUUGCUUGAUAGAAUUUUAAUUAUUCGUACUUUACCUUAUACACUAGAAGAUAUUAGAGCAAUAGUACAGAUUCGUGCAAAAACAGAGGGACUGACGCUAUCAGAAGAUGCUUUAAAUCAUUUAGCUGAAUCUGGCAUUAGAACAUCAUUGCGUAUACUUGCACGCAUAAAUGGACGCGAAAACAUCACUUUAGAAGAUAUAAAAGAAGUCGAUGAUUUAUUUUAUGAUGCCAAAUCGUCUGCAAAAGUUCUUACUGAAUAUCAAG